UCUAUAUUAUUAACACCCUCUUGUUUGAAACCACAUCGAUCGAACAGAGCAAGUAUAGAGAGCGGCAGCACAUCGAAGGAGAGAGAGUGGGGAUGGCGAGAGGAGAUACCAUGGUGGAGCACGAUUUCUUCCAGAUCGAGAAGCUGAAGGCGGCCAGCUUCCGCGCCGCGGAUGGGAAAAGUGCCGCGCGAAGUAGGAUCCAAAGCGUGGUGUCGAGGAUCAACCCUCAGCUACUCAGGAGCGUGAUCGCCCCCGGCGCCACCGAGAUGCCGCCGGAAAAGGCAGCCUUGCUUUUAUCUUCUUCGUCGCAGCCGCCGCCGCAUCCAGUGACGAUCCUGAACCCCUCCAUCAGAUCGGUUGCAGAGAUUUCAAACGAAACGGCGCCGCUCACAAUUUUCUACAACGGUUCGAUGGCCGUUUUCGACCUCCCACGAGACAAGGCAGAGACGAUCUUGAAACUGGUGGAGACGGCGAACGACGGCAGUUCAAGUGACCAGAGGAAAGGCGGCAUACGUUUACCGGAGGAACUCGACGGAGAACUGCUCCCGAUGGCGCGGAGGAAGUCAUUGCAACGAUUCAUCGCGAAGCGCAAACAGAGGUAGUAAAACGUGCCGUGGGCGGUUGUUUAAAACGUGCAGAUUGACCGUGUCAGGCCCAUACGCGAAGGAAAAGGCGGUGCCGAAGAGAUGACUUUGCUACUGUCUCAGCGUCAUGCUUUUGACCAUGGGAAUCUUGCUGGCGUUGCUUGCUUAAUUGAUGUAUCAGUCUCUUGGUUUUUUAAUUUGUGUUUGGGUGGCGAGGGAUGACUUGCCGUUGAUUGAUCUCAAUCAUUACUUGCGUGUUUUAGCUUGAUAUGGAUAUGUUCUCAUGGACCUUGUACUUUAUUGAUUAACUAUGGUUUCUUCGCUUCGUAUC